AACUUUGUUCAUAACACUUUCAUUACUCUUAUUGUUUACACUACACAUUUUUUGUUUCCAAUUUGCCCUGUUGUUUUAGUUACCGAUAUAAUUUAGAUGUUAGUUACCACGAGAAUACUCGACUAGAGUGGUGAAAUUCUGAAGUACCUUUACAAAACAAUUGCAAAAUGGAUGAAAAGGUAAACUUUCUGUUUGACUUGGUUAUUAUCCAUCUGGAUAUUUUCGGCGUAAAGUUAGAGGAGCCCGAAAACGUCGUGGUUAACGCAAAGUUUGCCGGAUUGUCUAAGAAAGUAACCUCAAGUCGGAUUAAUGUCAGCCAAUUUGUGGCCAACAGGGAAUUGGAGUUCGCUACGGAACCUUCGACGGUGCGUAACGGUCUGGAGGAGAAGGGAAUGUCGCUGGCGGCCAUGUACCAGGGUGCAACUUUGGGCACCGGAAAUGUGAUCUUUAGCCUGGAGUUCCUCGACAAGAUCAGCCCCACCAUGAACGAUUUGCUGCAUGAGGAAACCAUUGAUCUGAUACGCCGAGCUGACACUGUGGGCACUCUGACCUUUCUUCUCCGCCUGACCCUGAAGUGCGAUGAUUCUACGAUGGCUCAUCCCCUAAAAGGAAGUGUUUCCCGUACCAGUAAAUUGUCAGUAAUAGUUGCAAGGACGGAGAAGACCAGCCGCGUCAGGUGCUCCAGCCAGGGGCCCACUAUCAAUCCCCAGGACGUGAUGUUCCUCUUCGGCGAUCCCGAUCCUUUGCUGCAGAUUCCCUCGGACCCUUGCUCAGAACUUCCCCCGCAGGAGGGGGAUGAGCGACUGGACUUGGACUUGCAGCGCUACUCGAGCUUGAAGAAUCGCCGCGUUGGAUUCCCCGAUGAUGAUCCCUGCCCCAAGGAGAAGCCUUCCUUCAGCCAGCUAAAGAAACUCACCCAGGAGUACUCGAAAAUCAUUGACUCGGUGGCCGAAAAGGUUAGAAUGUUGGAUUUGCCCACUAUUUCGGCGGUUGCCACAGAGCCACCUACCGACGCCAGUGCAGCGACUCCAAGGUCUCCAGUCCCUCCUCCAUUGGAACGCAGUAUUCCAGUUCCGGUUGGAACCGACCUGAUCCACGGCAUUAAGCCCAUACGCUUUUGUCCUGUUUGCUUGUAUUCCAUGUCCUGGCUGCCGAAAUACACACCCUGCCCUCAAUGCAACACGAAAGCAAUGCCUGUUUUGCAAGGACACCCUUGUAAUUGUAUUACGGCUGAUGACAUUAUGGCCGAGCAGCUGGUGAGACCGCAAGCACCACCCGGAGCCGAGGACUUCUGUGAGCAACCCUGCGGAAGGAUUCGCCGGAAGACCGACACCGAGUGUCCACCGUGCCGUUGCACCUGCACCCAGGGCAAGAUUUGCGCCCACUGUCGAAUCCGCAAGCUGUGCGAAGAUAUUUAUGAGGGCAAUAACCAACCGGAACCAGCUCGUAAAAAACCAGAACCGCGUUCCAGUGAGGACUUCUGCUUGAUUGUGGAGGACGAGGAAGACGAUCUUCCCUUUCUAUCCAAGGUUUUCACCGAGCUAAAGGAUCUCUACCAUCUGCACGACUCCAAGAAGCUUUCAGCCAUCAAGGAGCGUUGCGAGGCCAAGUCGCUGUUGACUCUGCCUAGCAAGCGGUCCAUCAAGGAGCUGACUGAUUCCCUGUACCAAGCAGACAAGGUCCUCGGCGGGGUGAGCCAUCAGCCGAAGGCGGGCCACAAAAGCUGUCUGCCUCCUUCGAGUUUUGUGUCCCGCCGGCAUGGUUGGAACUGGGCCACGAGCUGUGAGGCCCGGAGAAAUGGCUGGCGGCCAGGAGCCAUCCUGCGAGCUGCCAGUCAGGUGAUGCGCUUCUUCCUGAUGCCCAAGGAGGACCGCAACUUGUGCCAAAAGAUCUCCGCUGACCAUGAGAAGCAUGAGCGGAGCGGUCUGCCAGUUCUGAAUGUUUGCAAGAAGGACGGAGUGAUAUUCGUCACCCUUCGUCCACUGGUCACCUUGGGCAUGAAACAGAAGCCCAUCACAUUCCGCAUCGUGAAGAGCGACCUGGCAGUGGCACUGCGUCAGAUUAAACGCGCUCUCAAGGAUCAGGGCUUCGAGAAGUGCACCUGCCACAAGUCCCUGAUGCUGUGCACCUGUCGCGAUGCCUUGGAUAAGUUUCUCCUGAACAAGGCCCUUAAAAAGGAGUGCCAGCGACGCAUCAUGGAACCGUGUCCGGAGCACUUGGUGCUCACAGACACCAGUGUCAGUGAUCUGGAGUUUGAUCUGGAUGUGACUACACCGGCGGGAACUCGGUUUCCAAAAAAUAAUGCCCUUCGGAACGUGGUGAACCACGGCACUCAGACGGCAAGGAAAAAACCACCGACUCUAGCGCCCAUGUAUCCAAUUCACGACAGUCCCUACUGGAGGGCCUACGACUGUGCCGCCGGAGAUCGGUACAUGGGCACAGCUUUCGGCAACAAUGUGGAGACAGUGUUCGAGGACGGAAUAUACGGCUACCGGGGCGGGGGUCAGCAUGGAGAAGCCCCCGUUUGGCGAAAUCCGAAAGUAUGGGGCAAGAACGCCGGGGCACCACUGCGCAUUGGAGCUGCCCGCACUGCUAUGGAUCCAUAUCGAUUCACAAGAACUGUGUGGAAAGGAAUACCGCGGAAGAUAAUACGCAAAAUUCGGGCGAGAUCAAAACACUAAAUAUAUUUUUAUUAAAAUCUAA